CUCGUGGUGUUGCGGGAGGAAUCCGUUGCUUCGAGCACCUAUGACCCGAUACCAUGAAAGAAACGCCACUGUCGAACUGUGAGCGCCGCUUCCUGCUCCGCGCCAUCGAAGAAAAGAAGCGGCUGGAUGGUAGACAGACCUACGAUUACAGGAACAUCAAGAUCUCGUUUGGAACCGAUUAUGGGUGCUGUAUUGUGGAGCUUGGGAAAACAAGAGUUCUUGGGCAGGUGUCUUGUGAACUUGUUGCUCCAAAACUCAACAGGGCAACAGAAGGUAUUCUUUUCUUCAACCUUGAACUCUCUCAGAUGGCUGCUCCAUCUUUUGAACCUGGCAGGCAGUCAGAUCUCUUGGUAAAACUGAAUCGACUCCUGGAAAGAUGUCUAAGAAAUUCAAAGUGCAUAGAUACUGAAUCUCUCUGUGUUGUUGCUGGUGAAAAGAGCCGGGGAUUGAACUCAGACCCUUGCGCUUACCAGGUUUGGCAAAUACGUGUGGACCUACAUUUAUUAAAUCAUGAUGGAAAUAUUAUUGAUGCUGCCAGCAUUGCUGCAAUUGUGGCCUUGUGUCACUUCCGAAGACCUGAUGUCUCUGUCCAAGGAGAAGAAGUCACACUGUACACACCUGAAGAGCGUGAUCCUGUAGCAUUAAGCAUCCACCACAUGCCGAUUUGUGUCAGUUUUGCCUUCUUUCAACAAGGAACAUACUUACUGGUGGAUCCCAAUGAACGAGAAGAACGUGUGAUGGAUGGCUUGCUGGUAAUUGCCAUGAACAAGCACCGAGAGAUCUGCACCAUCCAGUCCAGUGGUGGAAUAAUGCUACUAAAAGAUCAAGUUUUGAGAUGCAGUAAAAUAGCUGGUGUGAAAGUAGCAGAAAUUACAGAGCUUAUACAGAAAGCUUUGGAAAAUGACCAGAAAGUGAGGAAAGAAGGUGGAAAGUUUGGCUUUGCAGAAUCUAUAGCAAAUCAAAGGAUCACAACAUUUAAAAUGGAAAAAGCCCCCAUUGACACUUCUGAUGUCGAGGAAAAAGCAGAAGAAAUCAUUGCUGAAGCUGAACCUCCUUCAGAAGUUGUUUCUAAACCUGUUCUCUGGACCUCUGGAACUGCCCAGAUUGGAGAGGGAGUAGAAAACUCCUGGGGUGAUCUUGAAGACUCUGAGAAAGAUGAAGAUGAAGGUGGCAGUGAUGAAGCUGUCAUUCUUGACAAGAUGAAAAUGGACACUGGAGUAGAAGUUUCUGAUAUUGGAAGCCAAGAUGCCCCAAUAGUACUCUCAGAUAGUGAAGAAGAAGAAAUGAUCAUUUUAGAACCUGACAAGAACCCAAAGAAAAUAAGCACACAGACCAGUGCAAAACAAGAAAAAGCACCAAUUAAAAAGCCAGUGAAAAGGAGAAAAAAGAAGAGAACUGCCAACUAAAGCUAACAUAGUUCUGUUUGUGUAUAUAAAACUAUUAAAAAGAUAUUUAUUCAGUGUUAAUAAUGCACAGCAUAUGUUUUAUUCACAAGUUCACAAGUCCAUUAAAUUGAGUUUUGGGGGCUUUAAGUGUUGUAUUUUAAAAUUAACCUGGGAAAUGUUUUGUGUGUCAGUUUUCACAAAAGCUUUCCAACCCAUCUGUAGCCUCAAAACCUUAAUGGUUUAAAUAACAUUUUCUGUUGUACUGUACAAUAACCUAUAAAUCAAGUUAACUUUUCCACAGAAA